CCCCCCUCCCCGGCCGCCGCCCGGCCCCCGGCGCAGAAUGCGUCACGGUGUUGCCUUCUCCUCGCUCAACCGCGACUCCAAGUCGCGCAUGCACAUGCUCCGCGUCAUGGUCACCCAGCUGAUCAAGCACGAGCGCAUCACCACCACCCACGCCAAGGCCAAGGCCAUCCAGCCGCUGGCCGAGAAGAUGGUCACCCUGGCCAAGGAUGGCACGCUGCACUCGAGGCGCCAGGCCCUGGCCUUCGUCAAUGAGCCGGCCCUGGUGACCAAGCUCUUCAAUGAGUUCGCCCCCCGGUAUCGCGAGCGCUCCGGCGGCUACACCCGUGUCCUGCGCAAUGGCACCCGGCUCGGUGACCGCGCCCCGCAGUCGGUGAUCGAGUUCGUGGACAGCCCCCUCGGCAACACGCUGGCCCCCUCGAAGGAGCGCAAGUUCUGGCAGGACUUCUACAAGAAGCAGGCCGAGGGCGGCCAGCAGCAGACCGGCGGCGCCCAGUAGGUGGACACACACGAGGCCGCGCCCCCCCCCCCCCCCCCCUUGCGACUCUCUCCUGCGAGGUGUGGCUUCCGCACACACCGGCGCGCGAGUGCACGCAUGCCCCCAUCGUACCGAAGAAAAAAAGCCCGCCCCCGAGACGCUCCCACUCUCGGAGGGGGAUGCGGGUGCACACACACACACACACCCCUGUCUCGCGUUUUCCUCUCCUCACAUCAUUCAUCCCCCCCCCUCCAAAUAGACUCCUCC